AUGGCCCUGCACUGCGCGGCCUCGCGCGGCCACGAGGCGACCGUGCGCGCGCUCGUCGCGCACACGUCGCAGAAGGGCACGCUGAUUAUGUCCGUGGACAGGACGCAGGAGAAGUCCACGGCCCUCCACCUGGCGGCGCGGGGCGGCCACGCCAAGGUGUGCCGUGCUCUGCUCGAGCUCGCCCCCUGCCCGGCGGCGCUGUGCACAGCGUCCGACACUUGCGGCCUGACCGCGCUGCACCUGGCCGCGCGGGGCGGGCACCGCGAGGUGGCCUGCGCGCUGCUGGAGCCUCGGAUUGGCGGAGAGAUCGGCGGAGAGGUCCUGCUCAAGGCCAAGAACAGGUACCACCAGCGGACCGCACUACACCUCGCGGCGGCGGAUGGCCACCAGGCGGUGACGCGUGAGCUGCUGGACCGCGCCGCAGACAAGCAGGCGCUGCUGACGGCGACGGACGAGCUCGGGCAGACUGCCCUGCACCUCGCGGCGGAGGGCGGCCACGGUGGCACCGCCUCCUCGCUGCUCGAGCAGGCCCCCGACGCGGGGGAGCUGCUCGCCAUCCGUGAGCGCCUCAGCGGCCAGACGGCGCUCCACGCGGCCGCCGCGUCGGGACACCCUGCCGCUGCCCAUGCCGUCCGCGCCCUGCUGGAGUAUACCCCGGAGAGCCUCGUCACGGUCAAGUGUGGCCGCCACACGGCGCUGCACCUCGCCUCCGAGCGGGGCUGCGUGGAGGCGGUGAAGGCGCUGCUCGACCACACCAGGGCCGAGGAGAAGCUGGAGUUCCUCAAGACGCAGGAGGACCGGGAUCCCGGCCGGGGAAACAGUGGGGAGGCAGUGCGGCGGGCCCCCUGCCGCAUUGCCCCCCUCGUGCUGCGUCAUCGGGAGGAUCGAAAAGGCCUCCCAUAA